GGAAUGGUGGCCGCAGCAGCGCCAAGUAUGUAAAGUCGACGCCAUCCCACCACCCCUUCCACCUCUUACUCCGCCUCCCUUUUCCUUCGCUUGCUACAUCCCCCGAUAUCUCUGCCCCCUUUUAUGGUGUCUGUUCACGCCAAGGCAGCCCAAGGCGGCGGCGGACGAGAAGCAGCAGCGUCGUCGGUGGUCUUCUUCCCCCACGACCUCCCGGGCCUCUCCUCCAUGGCCCUCCCUGGCGCGGCCGGCCUCCUGACCCCCGCAGCUGCCGCUGCGGAGGACCCCAGCAAGAAGGUCCGGAAGCCCUACACCAUCACCAAGUCCCGCGAGAGCUGGACCGAGCAGGAGCACGACAAGUUCCUCGAAGCCCUCCAACUUUUUGACCGUGACUGGAAAAAGAUAGAAGCAUUUGUUGGCUCAAAGACUGUCAUCCAGAUAAGGAGCCAUGCACAGAAGUACUUUUUGAAGGUUCAGAAGACUGGUACAAGUGAUCAUGUACCUCCACCUCGGCCUAAGCGAAAAGCAUCUCAUCCAUAUCCACAGAAAGCACCUAAAAAUGCUUCACAGAUAUCUCAAGGCACUACUCCACUCCAGACUUCCUGUUUGCUUGAACCAGGCUAUACUUUUGCAAUAGAUACAUCUUCCACGCCCAGAAGCUCUACCGCAAAUGGGCCAAUGCCUUCUGGAGUUCACAAAUUGCAUCCUGUCAGUACAUCUCAUCUGACAACAGGUGGCGCAGGACCUUCUGGAGCAUUGGCGGUAAACAAUUGCUGCUCUAGCAGCGCGAUAAGUCGUACAACCUGGCCUAAUUGUGAUUUGGCUGAUCAAGAAAAUCAUGUCACAACUCUUCGUGUUAUGCCAGACUUUGCUCAGGUGUACAACUUUCUUGGAAGUGUCUUUGAUCCUAGCACUACUGGUCACCUGCAAAGACUGAAAGAGAUGGAUCCCAUUGAUGUUGAAACAGUGUUGUUGUUGAUGAGGAACUUAUCUAUCAACUUGAAUAGCCCCGACUUUGAAGCCCAUAGAAGGGUGCUCUCAUCAUGCAAUGAUGACAACGAGGAGGAUGCAAAAUCUGGUAUUGCUAAUAACAUAUCUAGAACUAGUGAAACUGUUGCUCCAUUUAUGGUUAAAGGUGAAUGAAUGUUAAUUGUACGUUGUACUUGAGUAUCUUUCAAGGCUGUGAAAAAAUUAGAGUGACGGUGCCAUUUCCAGUAUUAGCUUUGUCAAGACAGAAGCCUUGAUACCCAGAUAUGUGAGGCAAGAAGAUCAUUUGCAUCAGCGGAUCUUGUGCAGGGGGGGGGGGGGUGUGAGUUUUGUCUGUGUAUAUUACAUUUUUAUGAUCCAUGCAAGUUUUUGAUGGUUUUCUAGGUUCUGAAGAGAUAAGCCGUUCCCUACUGUAUCUAUUUCUAUGUUUCCUGAACUCUUUGUUCUUGAAGGAUACCUGACCCUAGAGAAUUGAGAUGCUAAAAUUAAUUGUUUAAGGUAUGAAUGAAGGUAAGUUGUAAGGAAUGCUGGACAUCUGCAAUAACAUAUUUUAUUGGCAUGUCA